AAUUUCCGGUAUUAAAUAGUGGAUAGCGAGCAAUGUUGUUAAAUAGUGGUUAUAAUGGUGCUAUAGUGUAGUGGAGUUUGAACAAACUGGUGUUGUUCUGGGAUCCGUGAUUGACAACAUUGAAUGGGGGAGGAAAAAACUUAUAACUAAUAAUUUCUUUGAGUAAUUCGACGUUUUUUCCUCAAAUUUGGCCCUGUUUACUUUUAGAAAACAUUUUUGGCCUUUACUAUGUAAAAUAUGUUUAGGGAACAAUAGGAUGAAUGCAUUUUCAGAAACAACGAAAACAAUCAUUUUCAGAAACAACGAAGACAAUAUUGGAUUUAUUCUCUCUUAUGUUUAUUAGUUGUAGGAAACAUGGGAAGUGAACGGGCCCUGACUCCUCAAAUUUAUGAAAUGGCGAUAUAAUAAUGUUAGUCAAUUUAGUCUCUCUGCCAAAAUAUCUUUCUAGAAAGCAUAUUCAUAUUGCUUUGAUAGUCUCUUGGAGCAUCAAAGCACAGAUAGAACAUUUAAAGGACUAAAUUGCCCAAUCCUUGCAAUUUCAACGACCAAAAUAGGUGAAAAGCGUGGGGAUGGAUAGAUUUAGUAGGUAGCAGAAGAGGUAUCAGCGGAGGAGACGAUUAAGUUUAGUGUAUAGAAAGGAUGGGUGAUGAAAAACUAUUUGGUUCGUUCUGGGUAGAGGAAAUAAAUGGAGAGGUUCAGACCUCUGCGAAAAAGAAAAGGAAAUACCAACAUAAGAAAAAGGAAUACAAUGGAUGGGGGUCAACUCUCCUUAUUCAGUUUCUCAAAUCCAUUGGUAGAGAUACCAGCAACAAGAUAAGCCAGAGUGAGGUGACUCAAAUUAUAACUGAUUAUGUUCAUCAGAAUAACCUUCGCCAUCCUACGAAAAAGAAAAGAAUUGAGUGUGAUGCGAGGCUUUUUUCGUUGUUUGGAAAGAAGACCAUUAGUAGGUUGAAGAUUAGUGACUUGCUCGAGUCACACUUUGCAGAGAACUGUGGAGAAUCUGAUGAUGGUUUUCUGCUUGACUCAGAAGAUGAUGAGUAUGCGCCAGGGGCGCGUGAAACUCCAAAACCAGCGUCUUUGGAGAGGAAGAGUCAACCAAGGAAAUAUGUUGUGGAAAAACCAAGGAGCUGUUUUGCUGCUAUCAACCCUUUCAACAUAAAGCUUGUUUAUUUAAAGAAGAGUCUAGUUGAGGAACUUCUAAAGGACCCUGAAACUUUUAAGACCAAAGUAGUUGGAAGCUUCAUAAGAAUCAAGUGUGACCCAAAUGACUACCUACAGAAAAACUCACACCAGCUUCUGCAAAUCACAGGUAUAAAAAAGAGCUCAGGAGUGGAUGGGGAAAUUCUCUUGCAAGCUUCUGGUUUCAUUAAAGACAUCAGCAUUAAGAUGCUUCAAGACGAUGAUUUCUCAGAGGCGGAGUGUGAGGAUUUGCAUAGAAGAGUAAAAGAUGGCUUACUCAAGAGACCUAUGAUUGUGGAUUUGGAGGAAAAGGCUAGAGUAUUGCAUGAGGAUAUGACUAAGCAUUGGCUUGCAAAAGAACUUGCUCUGUUACAAAAUCUUAUUGACCGGGCAAAUGAAAAGGGUUGGCGAAGAGAAUUGGACGGCUACCUACAAAAAAGGGCAAAGCUUAAGACUCCGGAAGAACAGGAACGGUUAUUGCGUGAAUUUCCUCAAGUCAUUGCAGAAGAUCUAGAAUCGGAAUCUGCAACACCAGAUGUUCCAGAGAAAAAACUACCAACCAAUUUCCAGGAGUUGUCGCAGACUACAUGUACAAAAGUAUCGUUAGCGACUGAGGUCCCAAAGGCAGCUGCAGAUGAUUUUUCAGAUGAAGAUGAUUUUGCGGAUGAUCAAGAAUGGUUAUUUCAUGAUACUCCCCAAGUCACUACAGGUUAUCCAGAAUUUUCAAAAUCCAAAACACCAGAAAUUCCAGAUAAAAAAGCAGAAAAUAACAUACAAGGGAUUUGGGAGGCUACUUGUAUGACAGCAUCUAUAGAGCCCGAGGUCCCAAAAGUGGUUUCUAAUGGUCCCCAAGUUACUGCAGGUUAUCCAGAAUUUUCAAAAUCCAAAACACCAGAAAUUCCAGAUAAGAAAGCGGAAAAUAACAUGCAAGGGAUUUGGGAGGCUACUUCUAUGACAGGAUCUAUAGUGCCUGAGGUCCCAAAAGUAGUUGCUGAUGGUAUUCCUCAAGGUACUACAGGUUAUCCAAAAUUUUCAAAAUCCAAAACACCAGAAAUUCCAGAUAAGAAAGCGGAAAAUAACUUGCAAGGGUUUUGGGAGGCUACUUGUAUGACAGGAUCUAUAGUGCCCGAGGUCCCAAAAGUGGUUGCUAAUGGCAUUCCCCAAGUUACUACAGGUUAUCUAGAUUUUUCAAAAUCCAAAACACCAGAAGUUCCUGUUAAAAAAACAGAAAAUAACAUGCAAGGGUUUUGGGAGGCUAAUUGUAUAGAAGCAUCUGUAGUGCCCGAGGUCCCAAAAGCAGUUGCUAAUAGUUUUGUGUUCAUGGGUAAAAGAUUCCAUGUAGCCGAUCAAACAAAACAGGAAAGUGAAUCACCAAAAUCGAUUCUCAGUCUUAGUAGACCAUCAGAAGUUCCUCUUUUCAAUAUAGCAAUGAAUAACACUGCGUCAAAUGGCAUUUCACGUGACACAGUCACUUCUACAGUGCACCAAAGGUCAAGUAUGUCUGUUCAACAGCAACCUGCGACACAAACAUUCUCUUCAUUUAAGAAGGAUGGUGUAUUUAUGCCAGCCAAAUCAAAUGAAGUUACAAUCAAAGCUAAGAACUCUCAAGGGACAUCAGACAAGCAGGUACGGCCAGCUCAGAUUCAGGUUAUAGAACUGAGCGAUGACGAUGAUGAGGAAAUUGAAAAAUCAAGCACCAUAAAACCAAGCUUCAUAACACCAGUCCCUGUUGAGAACCCACAUUCAUCAACGUGGAAUUACAUAGAUCCUCAAGGAAAUGUGCAAGGACCAUUCCCCUUAUUUUCUCUAAAAUGUUGGAAUGAUUCUCGCUACUUUUCUCCAGACUUCAAGGUCUGGAAGGCAGGUCAAACCCAGGAUCAAAGUGUACUAUUGGUGGAUAUUCUAUCCAAAUAUUUUCCCGUUGGACCAAGUUUCAUGUGAGGUGUCAAUAUAGCCGGGAUGUCAGUUAUCAUAGUAUGCUUUAGCAUAUCAAUUUUGGUUUAAGAAAAACAUGAUGCUUUUCAAUCCUGGUUAAUAACUCGGUUUGAUUUUAAUGCAACCGACAACCUGCGACUUAAAAUUGUAAUUGGGUUGUUUCAAAUUGCAUCUGAGGUGCAUUUGAUCCAGGUAAACAAUUUGAUUCUUUGGUUAUCACCAGUCUGCACCUCUUUGUUGUACCUAGGAACUAGAAAUUCAUGUUCUCAUUGGUAACCAGACUUCACAUUUUUUUUUUUGUUGCCUCAUUCCUUCCCUUGGUCAUCUCUUUUUUAUCUUGACAAAGUGAACAGUGUCAUUCAUGCAUAAAGCUUGUAAUUGUUUGAGGUUGAUAUAAUGGAUGUGUGUUUGAAUGAGAAUGGGAGAGUAUUGUGCUGGAAAUCUUUUUUGGUUUGAAUUACCUAUAAGAGUGUUCACAGCCAAA